AUGGGGGGGGGGGGGGGGGGGGGGGGGGGGGGGGGGGGGGGGGGGGGGGGGGGGGGGGGGGGGGGGGGGGGGGGGGGGGGGGGGGGGGGGGGGGGGGGGGGGGGGGGGGGGGGGGGGGGGGGGGGGGGGGGGGGGGGGGGGGGGGGGGGGGGGGGGGGGGGGGGGGGGGGGGGGGGGGGGGGGGGGGGGGGGGGGGGGGGGGGGGGGGGGGGGGGGGGGGGGGGGGGGGGGGGGGGGGGGGGGGGGUUUUUUUUUUUGGGGGGGGGGGGGUGGGGGGGGGGGGGGGGGGGGGGGGGGGGGGGGGGGGGGGGGGGGGGGGGGGGGGGGGGGGGGGGGGGGGGGGGGGGGGGGGGGGGGGGGGGGGGGGGGGGGGGGGGGGGGGGGGGGGGGGGGGGGGGGGGGGGGGGGGGGGGGGGGGGGGGGGGGGGGGGGGGGGGGGGGGGGGGGGGGGGGGGGGGGGGGGGGGGGGGGGGGGGGGGGGGGGGGGGGGGGGUUUUUUUUUAA